AUUGUUUUGUUUUUUGCAGGAAGGCCGGGAAAUUUUGGUGCUUUUAUCGCUCGACGCCGGAAAAUUAGCCGGAAAAUAACUGUGGCCAAGGACCGGGCUCUAGUUGCAAUCUACCGAUGAUUGGUGAUCGAAUGUGGAAGCCGGAAGAAUGAAAGUCACGGUGAAAAGUUGGAUGGGAGUUGCUUCCUGGAAAUGGCUGGCGAACGAUGACAAUUGCGGCAUCUGUCGCAUGGCGUUCGAAGGCUGCUGCCCGGAUUGCUCGCUGCCUGGUGACGACUGUCCGCUGGUUUGGGGGGCCUGUUCGCACUGCUUCCACGUGCACUGCAUCGUAAAGUGGCUCAACUCGCAGGCCAACCAGCAAUGCCCGAUGUGCCGACAGGUCUGGAAGUUUAACGAUAAGUAGGAGCGCUACGGGAGAUGUGGGCCUCGGUGCUAUAGCUUCCCAAAUCCCACACGCCAAUCAUGGCCACCGGUAGGACUAGCAGCAGAUGAUAAGCGUUUGAAUUGAAUGAAAGCAAAAGCCCUGCCCGGCCCGGCCCCUGCUAAUAGACAUUAAAGCGUGAGAAGCGUGCUAAGGGGCGCCGGGCUCCGAAUACGUUCUAGUGCGAAUGCAGUAGUGAAUACUUUAAGGCCAUACUAGUUCCGCGACGACGAGAUAUGUAAGUUUAUCUGUGUGCUAGGUUGAACUCCGUGGUGACGCGAUAGUGAGAUUAAAAUUAGAAAAGUGGCGCCUCUGUGGUGCUUCUGUGUUUUAAGAGUGUCCCGUCAGGCAUAGCUGACAACACCGGUGUGUCCUACUCUCAGCGUGUCAGGCGUGUAUGGUCCAGUUA